AUGGCGACCGCAGCAAUCCUUACCUCUGCUCCUAUCCCAGACCCGAUGUCACAUAUGCAUUUCACCAACAACAUGGACGCCGGUGUAGAGAGCCAAGUGACUCAGCCUCAGAAGCCGAUUGCCGCAGAGCCAGUCGAAUUUAGCCCGGCCAAACAUCUGGCGUAUACCCAGCCUUCGAAAGUGCACACCAUGGCAGAACUCGGCUACCCAGAGAGCCGCGGCGUCUCCCCCAUCGGCGUCUCUGAGCCGUUCCCAUUGUUCACUGCCGAAGCGAUCCAGAACAUGAGGAAGGAGGUCCUCAGCGAACAAGUCCUUGCCAAGUAUUCGUACUCCAGCGACCUUGCACAAUGCCAGCUGAGAGGCUACGCGGCCGCAUGUGCACCUUUCGUGUAUGACGCAUGGACAAAUCCUAAGACUCUGGCUAUCAUCUCUCAGGUGGCUGGCGUCGAUCUUGUCCCCGUGAUGGACUUUGAGAUCGGCCAUGUCAAUCUUUCCGUCCAAAGUGAAGAAGAGAAGACAAAGGCACUCGCAGCAACAGUGGAGAAGCAAAGUUGGAAAGCGGAGAAGGAUAUGCCUGACUAUCACUUGGAGGACAACGACCCUAUUGUGGACUGGCACACGGACAGCUAUCCUUUCGUAUGUGUGACGAUGCUUUCCGAUUGCACCAAUAUGGUAGGUGGAGAGACGGCACUGAGGAAGGGUAAUGGCGAAGUGGUCAAAGUCCGGGGUCCACAGAUGGGAUCGGCCGUGAUUCUUCAGGGACGGUACAUUGAACACCAGGCUCUCCGGGCCAUGGGAAUGACUGAGAGAAUCAGCAUGGUGACCUCGUUCCGUCCACGGUCUCCAGCUUUUCCCGACCACACUGUCCUGACAACUGUCAGACCAAUCUCAGACCUGGGAGAAUUGUACCACCAGUUUGCCGAAUACCGCUUCGAAAUCCUCGAGGAUCGCUUGAGGAACGCUAACAAAUAUAUGCGAGAUCAGAAGCGUGCAAGUCGCCCCUUCAAUACGCGCUAUCUGAAGCAGUUCAUCCGCGAGCAGAUCCAGUUUCUCGAGCAUAUGGACCGGGAGAUUGUAGAGGAUGAGAAGGUCAUCAAAGGUGUGACUGAUGACAGUCAUCUCAUCUCUCAAGAUCUGAAGCUGAAGCGUCUCAAGAAGCGUGGGCUUGCUGCUGUGGAAUAG